AAAUAAUUAUUAUAGCGAUAUUAGUAAAUGUAUUGACUUGGAUGCAUUAUUUGAUGACAUCAAAGACAAUAUACAAGAGGGUAUGCCACCAUUGAAACCAUUGCAACUGCUUGAAUUAUUAAAAGCUAUUUAUGAG